AUGUUGAGAAACAAAGUCUUCACGGCGCUGCAGAAGACCUAUGAUGACAGCUAUCUGAGCUGCUCCACAGCCGUUUACUAUGAAAGCCAGGGCGACGAGGUAGAGGCAAUGCGACACUGGAGGCAUGCGCUCGAACAAAUUUACGAGCAUCGAGCCACCAAAGCUAUUCCAGGCUACGGACCUCAAACAGACACAGAAAAAGCAUUGGUGGAGGCUUUGAACCAACUGGAACUGCAAUGCAAAGAAAGGAUAGAUCUUCUUGAGGCGCUACGCGUUUCACGUCAAGAAGGCUUGUUGUUGCCAUCAGACAUCGGCUCAUCCAAGUCUCCAACACUUGAUGAGGACAACAAUGCUGGACGUAGAGGUGCUAUUGGGCAAGGCACUAUCCCAGCCGUGACAUACUCGGAACUCUCUCGUCCCACCCUUCCUAGCAGGCCAGCCCUCCCUCCUCGAAGUUCAUCGGACCUAGCGGCUUUGUCGGUGUCUAAUGGCAGUAGCCGCAAUAUUGAAGCUUGUGCAGAGCUUGCCACAAAGUCGAGAUCACAGUCACCGAGUCCUGCAGCCAGGACGGAUAAAACCAUGAGGUCUAGCAGUCCCGAGAAGCACACUAUGAGGACAACUCUCCGUUCUGGUAGGGCGAACGACAAACCGAACAAGCCAGCUCGUAAGUCCCCGAAGCCGGCAACGGAGGGAUCAAGUAAAGCAGCGACACUUGCAUGGAGCGCUCUUGGGUCGCGUGACCGACUUCUCAAGGUACCUUCGGAUAGCGGUCCAUCGACCUCCCAUUCAAAUGCUAGGCGUUCUUCAGACCAGACAAAGCCUGUCUCGUCACCCUUGCAGUGGGAUAGCCACAGCCGACGGUUGGUGACACCACGAGAUACAGAAUAUUCCCUCAAUGGGUUUCAGACUACAAAUUCAACCAGACAUUCCGAUGAAUACCCACAACCCAGAUCAUCCGUACUAUCUGUCUCUGCCGCUUCCAGUGCUCUAAAUGCCUCCUCAUACCAGGAGGCCUCAUUCGCAGAUCCAGCACCAAAUCGCCCAGAACGCAUGUCCCCAGCACGCGUCGCUGCAAGCACCCGCCAAUCAUCAAAAAUAUCGCCAGAUGUGGUUGACGACAGCUCAUUUCUUGUCGACGGCUCAGUGGUAUCACCAGAGAAAAGGGACUUUUCAGAUACUCCAAUUAGACGCAAGGCCGUGGCUAAGAAACAGAUGACAUCGUCUCAUCCAUUUCAGAAGGGUCGAAAUACAAAACACAUAUCUCAUCGAUGUCGGGACAAAGAACAGGCAAUGAGCGACAGAUCUAGCGAAUCCGAUGGGCCUGCGAUGAGGUCUUUUCCAAAGCCUCGACAAGCGACGAGACGAGACCGUACAAACAAGUCCACUGCACAAUCACAGUCAACUGACGAGACAGAUUCGGAAAGCAAUUCCACGGAUAUGGCUUGGAAGAAGAGGAUGGUUAGCAUUCUCAAGCAUCUGCCACCGGGUGUCGAUGAAGGGGCUGCGAAGCAAAUUCUGAAUGAUGUCAUUGUACAAGGGGAUGAGGUACACUGGGGUGACAUUGCUGGGCUGGAGAUUGCCAAAAAUGCUCUUAGAGAAACCGUUGUCUACCCAUUCCUUCGACCAGAUUUGUUCAUGGGAUUGCGCGAGCCCGCCAGGGGCAUGCUUUUAUUUGGGCCACCAGGAACAGGCAAGACCAUGCUGGCACGAGCCGUGGCAACAGAGUCAAAGUCCACCUUUUUUUCAAUUUCAGCCAGCAGCUUGACCAGCAAGUAUCUUGGAGAGUCGGAGAAACUAGUCCGUGCAUUAUUCGGCCUGGCGAGAACUCUUGCGCCCAGCAUCAUUUUUGUCGACGAGAUCGAUUCUCUCCUAUCUCAAAGAUCCGGAUCGGGCGAACACGAGGCAACAAGACGAAUCAAGACCGAAUUCUUGAUACAGUGGAGCGACUUACAGCGGGCAGCUGCCGGAAGAGAAGCGACAGAGAAGGAUAGAGAGCGCGGGGAUGCGAACAGAGUUCUUGUUCUUGCUGCCACCAACUUACCUUGGGCGAUUGAUGAAGCAGCUAGGCGUAGAUUUGUACGACGGCAGUAUAUUCCACUUCCCGAACCACAUACUAGAGAAACACAGCUACGAACGCUACUUGGACAACAAAAGCAUGGCCUUUCAGAGUCAGACAUCGAGAGACUAGUUGGGUUGACAGAUGGGUUCUCAGGUUCAGAUAUUACGGCUUUGGCAAAGGACGCCGCAAUGGGGCCGCUUCGGUCACUUGGAGAAGCGUUGCUUCACAUGACUAUGGACGACAUCCGGCCCAUCCUACUGGUGGACUUUGAAGCAAGUCUCAGGACUAUUCGACCAAGCGUUAGCAAAGCCGGGUUGAAGGAGUAUGAAGAAUGGGCCAGGGAAUUCGGCGAGAGAGGCGGCUAG